AUGCAGACAGAUGAGCCGGCAGCAACCAUCACCCACAACAGCAACAAUGCGAUGAUGGCAAACUGUUAUUAUGCAAACAAAUUACAUGGCGGAUAUAUCACUGAGGGAAAAUAA